AUGCUCAAAGGUCGGCGCAAGUCCAAACCGAACAACUCGUCCACAAACUCAAUCGCGAGCAGCGAUACACAUGGGGACGGGUCCAGUGGCAUGAGGUCAUCCCUGGACGGCGCGCUGGAGAAGCUCAAGACGAGGAACUCGGAGGACAGGCGCGACAGCACAGAGUCCACCAAUGGCACCAGUAAUGGCACCAGGGACAAGAUGUCGAAGCUCUUCAAGGGCCGGCGCCGGCGCAGGCAGUCGAACGCGCAGGACGGUGCCUCGCACGAGUCCUCACAGCUCGACUUGACUGAGGACAUCCCCCCGCUUCCCAGCACCAGCAUGCUGUCCUUGGGCACCAGCGCGCACAGCGAGGAAUCGCUCCACAUGCACAGGAGCGUGCCGAGCAGCCUGUUGACGGAGGAUUCGGACACGGAUUCCCCACCAAUUCGGCCCUCAAUCUCACCGCACCAGUCGCAUACUGGCUAUCUGACCCUCUCAUCGCCCUUGAUAUCCGCCGAAGCCCUCGAUUCCCCUGCCUCCAUAUCAUCCGUUACCGAACACACACCCCCCCUCGACGACACGCUGGCGCCCAGAAACGCCAAAACACUCAGUGCAAACUCCGAACCCAGGCGCAGCCCUUCGCCAGUGGGCAAACUCAAAGAAGCGUUUGCGCCUACACGUCGAUCGACAUCGCCGAAACCUGGAGGGGACAGCGACUCUACCAAGUCUGGGUUGGGCGGUGGUCUCGGAGGGCUCUUUGGGGGAGUGGGCAAGAAGGGAGGAUCGACCUUGAGACGCGGCUCGAGUACGCUUGAAGAACCCCCUCUGAUACACAUUUCGCAUGAAACGCAGUCGACGCCGGUUCUACCGUCUGCCUCGCCACCUGAGAUAAUAACUACCAUCCCGGCUACUCCACCCAACCUAGGGGAAGCUCCGACCACGUUAGUGACGCCGCCCACGCCCACCGAUGCGAAGGCCUCGUCACCAACGGACUCGAAUACAAGCUUGCAUACUUCCACAAAGCCGGUCUCGCACAAACAGUCGCAGUCCAACUCCAACAUCGUUACGUCUCCUUCGGGGAACAUGAUAUCGCAUAGACGCGUGCGAUCAGCUACAAAUCCUCCCAGCAAACUGUCAAAUUCUAUAUCUGCGCCAUUGACGCCCACAUUAGAAGAAACGAAAACACCCGGUGGAUCUUUAUCAAGUCCGCAAAGUAACAGUGGUUUUUUCUCGUCGGUUUUUUCUGCGGCGCAAAACGCUGCAACGCAGCUCUCGACCUCUAUAGCAAAUACCUCAAUAUCCGCUGGGUCUAAAAACAAAGCCAACAAUUCUCAGCCCGAGGAAGAGAAGACGGGCGACGUCGGCGGCGAAGAAGUAAUUGGGCCAGAGUCUGAAGGUGUGUCUACGGAAAUCCGCGGGAACGAGCCUCGUCAGCUCGCUGUGGAGACGUUGGGAUCUGGGGACCUUAGUCUUGCUCACCUUGGCAUUUCUGAAAGCUCGGACCCAAGUCCAAUGACUUCAAAAUCGAAUCUUGCAGAGCCGUUGCUACCGAAUGACCAUGCUUCUGCAAAGGCAGAGGAUGUAGCUGCUGCACAGGCAGUGUCCGCUGCAUACGCUUCAGAAAAACCCAAUGGAGCUACAAACUCCGAAAGACCUCGCUCACUGACCACCCUUUCAGGCGGCGGCGUAUCGCCUCCAAGGAUACCGGAUGCUCUUGAUUCUCCUGGCAGCGUAAUCCAACGCACUGGUAGCAUUAGAAGCCGGAUAAGUGGUGGUAGAAAAAGGAGGCAUCGUGGUAGUUCAGCAACCACUGGCCACACAAUAGCGGCAGCUGUAGGUGCCAGUACUGCUACAUUAGCACAUCCAGCUGCAAUGGCCAACGGUCAACGACUACAAGGAACAGGUUUUGCGGUUGCACCCGCGAAACGCAACAGGGAUUUUCACAAUCUUUUUCGAAGUGUACCAGAGGACGAUUAUCUUAUCGAAGAUUAUAGCGCAGCAUUACAACGAGACAUUCUGCUUCAUGGCCGCUUAUACGUCUCGGAGGGACACAUAUGCUUUUCCAGUAAUAUCCUAGGAUGGGUCACCAACUUGGUCAUAAGCUUCGACGAAAUAGUGACAGUCGAGAAGAAAAGCACGGCGGUGAUCUUCCCCAAUGCCAUUGUUAUCCAAACGUUACACGCCCGGAACGUAUUCGCCAGUUUCGUUUCCCGAGAUUCUACCUACGAUCUCAUAAUAGGCAUUUGGAAGAUCAGCCAUCCCAAUCUCAAGAGCUCGGUGAAUGGUGUGACGCUUGAUGGAACCGGAACUGGCGAUAAAACCGAAAAGGACGAGUCAGUAGGCAGUGAAGACGGCUCUAUCGAUGGCUCAGAUGAUGAGGUUUAUGACGAAGAUGCUGAAGACGAAGAAGGCUUGGGCAGCUUCACUGAAGCCGGCGAGGGCAGCGUUGCCGGAAGCGAGGGUGACUCUAUCCAGGCUGCGAGUCGGAAGGCGUCUGCGGCUGCACUUGGUGCGCCAGUGAGCGGAGGCACGAGCAAAAUUGUGGACAACGCUGAAGCCGCUCUUGCUGGAGCGACGGCCACACAGGACUUCCCCGGAUCGCCUACGCACGCACCCACAGAGUGCGGUGAUGCAGAUAGUCACUACGACAAGCUCCUGAUCGAUACGACGAUCGCUGCGCCGCUCGGAAAAAUCUAUUCCCUAAUGUUCGGGCCAGCUUCAGGGCAGUUCAUGCGGAAAUGGCACAUUGAAGACCAAAAGUCGACAGAGCUGCAAAUGGAGGACGACAAAAAGGGUCUCGACCAGGAUAUAAAGACCAUGAACAUUUCCUACAUCAAACCCUUAGGAGGUGGCCUGGGCCCGAAGCAAACCAAAUGCCUAGUCGCGAUGACACUAGAACAGUUCGAUCUGGACAGGGCAGUUACUGUGCUCUGUUCAACGCAGACGCCGGACGUGCCAAGCGGUAACGUGUUUCUCACAAAGACAAGGUACUGCUUGAUGUGGGGACCAGGUAACUCAACGCGCCUGAUCAUGACGUGUACGGUGGAGUGGUCGGGAAAGAGCUGGCUGAAAGGUCCAAUCGAAAAAGGCGCAAACGACGGCCAAAUGUCUUUCGCAAAGGACAUCACCGCCGCGCUCAGAGCCGCCGUCACCACCAAAGCAGCCAUCAAAGGCGCGCCGCGCGGCAGAGGCAAAGGCCGCAAGCGCCGCGGAGACAUCUCCAUCGACGAGGGCCUGAUACCUACCCCUGGCGACGAAAUCGAAAAGAUCACGACGCACAAGCCGGUCAGUUGGGGCGUGUUGGAGCCCCUGCACGGUCCCCUCGGCCCCGUCGUCGACAUCGUCGGCAGCUUUGUGUCUGGGCCGACCGUUAUCGCGGUCUUGUUUGCCCUGCUGUUAGUUUCGUGGCUGAGGAGGCCCGCAGUACCGGGCUUGGGCAGUCUGGGUGUUCCGGGGCUUGCGACGCCGCAGCGCGUGGCCGCGUACGAGGAGAUGUGGCGGAAGGAGGAGAGCGAGCUGUGGCGAUGGCUCGAGGAGCGGGUGGUCAUCGACCGCGUGCUCACCCCCCCCGUUGAAGGCCAGGCGUGGCGCAAGAAGCAGCGGGUGGGCGGGAUGCAAGAGAAAUUAGUAGAGGAGAAGAUGAGCGAGCGGCAGAUCGAUGAGGCGAUCAAGGUGACGCAGGAGAGGCUGGAGGCGCUGAAGGAGGCCGUUGAGAGGAGGAGGGAGCACUGAGCACAGGAUAGCUAUGGAGUGUAUAUGUUUAGUAAACUUGGAUGGUCUGGCAUUCGCAAUGGGUGUAUUAUAUGUGCAUUUUGGGGAGUUGUUAUGUGAGAUGAGUUUGUUCGGUGGGGCUUUUGGACUUUGGUGGACUUUUGGAUAUUGGGGAGCAUGGAAUGCGCUGCGUUCUUGUUGAAUAUAUACCCUCCUUGAGAGAAACGUGUUUCUAGAUUUGUGU